UUUUAAAAAGACUUCCUAAAAUGGCACAAAUUUCGUGGCAAAAAUAUUGCAUUGGACGGUAUACAUUCACUCCAAGCUUUAUGGAAUGAAUAUGCACCUUACACGUUUUGAAAUUUACGCCACGUCAGCGAACGCCUUCAAAAAAAUAAAAACUCAGGCUAAGCAUAUAUACCCAUAUCUCUUUACAGAUCUGUAAUGGAAUUUUUUAGCUGGGGAAUCUGAAACCGUAAUAUACCUUUAUACAGCAGGGUCUGCGAUGAGUUGUGUUCAGCCACUGUACAGUUCCACUGUGUGCUCUUCCGCCCAAAUACAAUGCUCGGGAGCUAAAUUUCCUUGCAAGCUUCAGAGAUUAUUUUCUAUGAAGGGCUCUUUAAGACGAAGAAAUAUUGGUAUAGAGGUGCCAUUGUCUACUGGAAGGACAUUUAUGGAGCACAAAGUUAUGGACUCAAGAGACACUAUUCCAAGUGCAUAUUCUGGUACUGAUGUGGAAACAAGUGAUGCUGGUGAGACCAAACAGGAGAAAUCUGAAACAUAUAGUUCUAAUAUGACAGAAGCUAUGGGAGCAGUAUUGACAUACCGACAUGAGAUGGGUAUGAACUAUAACUUUGUACUUCCAGAUCUGAUUGUUGGCUCCUGCCUCCAGAAUCCUGGAGAUGUUGAUAGACUGAAGAACAUUGGCAUCGGGACAAUAUUUUGUCUGCAGCAAGACCCAGAUCUUGAAUACUUUGGGGUUGAUAUAGGUGCAAUACAACGACGUGCUGAUGAUUUCAACGAGCUUCAACACAUACGAGCUGAAAUAAGGGACUUCGAUGCAUUUGAUUUGCGUAUGCGGCUUCCAACUGUUGUUGGUAAACUACUGAAAGCUGUAAAACGUGGUUAUGGAAUAACAUAUGUGCAUUGCACUGCUGGACUUGGCAGAGCUCCUGCUGUUACGUUGGCAUACAUGUUUUGGAUUCGAGGUUACAAAUUGAAGGAUUCGAACAAAUUGUUACAGAGUGUUCGCCCUUGCUUUCCAAAGUUGGAAGCCAUAAAGAGUGCAACUGCUGACAUGCUUACGAAUGCAAGUAAGCAGCUUGUAACUCUGAAGUGGAAGAAAGGAAAUUGCUCAUUUGUGGAAGUUGCUGGACUUGAUAUUGGAUGGGGCCAGAGAAUGCCAUUAGCUUAUGAUGAAAGUCAAGAAUGCUGGUUGCUGCAGCGAGAGCUACCAGAGGGUCAUUAUGAGUACAAAUAUGUGGUGGAUGGAAACUGGACAAUCAAUAUGGAUGAGUUAGUGACUUCACCAAAUAAAGAUGGACAUGUUAACAACUAUAUAGAGGUGAAAGGAGAACUAGAUGUUGCUAGUAGAAAUCUCAGGCAACGAUUGAUGCAAGAAGAUGUUGACCUUACGAAAGAAGAACGUCAAAUAAUAUAUGAGAGGCUUGAGGCUCUUGGUGAUGCAUAGAUGACCACUUAGAUUUUUUGAGGAUUAAAUAAGGCAACGAUCAAAACAGGAAGACAUUGAUCUCCAAAAUGAUAACUUCAAAUAAUAUUGGGGAUUCAGUCUCUUACAGAUGUAAAUUAAUGAAGUUUACUUGUUGGAUUAAUAAAGGUAUCUCUCACAUUUUCUUCUA